ACCCUUCCUCGCCGCUCCCGCCGUCUCACUCACGUCGCCGUCUCUGCCAGCCCUCAACAUGGCGCGUUCCUCUCGUCUCGUCGCCUCCACCGCCACGGCUCUCUUCUUCCUCUUCCUGUCGGCGGCGUGCUCGUGCCGCGCGGCCGGCGACAGCCCGAGCGCCGUGGUGCUGCCGGUGAGGAAGGACAGCGCGACAGGGCAAUACCUGACCGGCUUCCGGCAGCGCACGCCCCAGGUGCCGGUGACGGCCGUGCUCGACCUCGGUGGCGGCACGCUCUGGGUGGACUGCGACGCCGGGUACGUGUCCUCGUCCUACGCGCGCGUGCCGUGCGCGUCCAAGCUCUGCCGCCUCGCCAAGACGGGGGCCUGCGCCACCAGCUGCGUCGGCAAGCCGUCCCCGGGGUGCCUGAACGACACCUGCGGCGGGUUCCCGGAGAACACCGUCACGCGCGUCAGCACCGGCGGCAACCUCAUCACCGACGUGCUGUCGGUGCCCACCACCUUCCGCCCGGCGCCGGGGCCGUUCGCCACCGCGCCGGCGUUUCUGUUCACUUGCGGAGCCACGUUCCUGACCGAGGGCCUCGCCGCCGGCGCCACCGGCAUGGCGUCGCUCAGCCGCGCCCGCUUCGCGCUCCCUACGCAGCUCGCCGCCGCCUUCCGCUUCUCCCGCAAGUUCGCGCUCUGCCUCACGUCGACCUCGGCGGCCGGGGUCGUCGUCUUCGGCGACGCGCCCUACGCGUUCCAGCCCGGGGUGGACCUCUCGAAGUCGCUCCUGUACACCCCGCUGCUCGUCAACAACGUGAGUACCGCCGGCGUCUCCGGCGAGAAGGACAAGUCGAGCGAGUACUUCAUCGGCGUGACGGCCAUCAAGGUGAACGGGCGCGCCGUGCCGCUGAACGCCUCGCUGCUGACCAUCGACAGGCAGGGCGGCGGCGGCACCAAGCUCAGCACGGUGGCGCCCUACACCGUGCUGGAGACCUCCAUCCACAAGGCGGUCACGGACGCGUUCGCGGCGGAGACGGCCAUGAUCCCCCGCGUGCGGGCCGUGGCGCCGUUCAAGCUCUGCUACGACGGGAGCAAGGUGGGGAGCACGCGCGUGGGCCCGGCCGUGCCGACGGUGGAGCUGGUGCUGCAGAGCGAGGCCGCGUCGUGGGUGGUGUUCGGGGCCAACUCGAUGGUGGCCGCCAAGGGCGGCGCGCUCUGCCUCGGCGUGGUGGACGGCGGCGCGGCCCCGCGGACGUCGGUGGUGGUCGGGGGCCACAUGAUGGAGGACAACCUGCUGGAGUUCGAUCUGCAGCGGUCGCGGCUCGGGUUCAGCUCCUCCCUGCUCUUCCGGCAGACCACCUGCAACAACUUCCGCCUUGGGUAGAAACAAAUGGCAUCCGGAUGCGGUUGCAUCGAAAUUUGCCCUUGGGUUUUGUUUUGGCUGUUUGAAUAAUCAACAGGAGAUCCAACGAUUUUCCUUCCUAUCAGAGCAAGCGUUGUUUCUGCGUUUA